UUCGGCGGAUGAAUAUGCGGUUUUAUGCGUGUUCGCUUUUUGGCCCUUGUAGGGAUCCGUAUUGUUGACAUUGCGUAACCAACAUGGCUGUCAGGUGAGUCGUAUUCAAACCUGUGGUGUCCUAGCUUUGAGUCAUGAUGACCGAGGCUGUGCGGGAGGAUGAGAUGCGGCCAGUGCCCCGGGAGAGGGCCAUCCUGGAGAGCUUCUUUACGCAGCUGGGCAUGUUCUCCUUCGACCGGGCCAAGGACUACGUGGAGAAGGAGAAGGACACCACCAAAGGGGCCGGGGCCAUCUGGACGGCCCUGCUCGCCGCCCUGGCCCACCUGGCCGCCGCGGAGAAGGCGUACUACAAUAUGACGUUUCUCGGACAAAAGCUGGGCAGCCAGUCGUUCUUCAGCCGCAAGGACUCCAUCCGCACCACCUACACGUCGCUGCACAACGAGCUGCGCAAGGUGGUGGCGGCGGUGCGCCCCGUGCAGCAGGGCUCCGCCCCCUGCCUGGAGGAGCUGCUGUCCCACCUGUCGGAGCAGCUGUGCCACUUCACGCAGGCGCGCACCGAGAUGGCCGACCUGUACGAGAAGAUGCACUCGCUGGCCGCGCAGAAGAGCUUCGACUCGGAGGAGCUGCUGACCCCCCUGGAGGCCGUCCUGCAGAAGUACAGCUCCAGGUUCUACCACCCCAUCCUGGGCCGCGUGGAGGAGGGCUUCCAGACGGAGGUGGACGUGGUGACCCAGCUGCUGCGCUGCCAGGCCCAGGUGUCCGAGUGGCGCUUCCUGCCGGCGUUGCUCAGCCUCCACGGCGCCCACUCCAAGCUGGCGGCCUGGGGCCAGCGGCUGCAGCGGCAGAAGGAGACGCGCAAGCACCUGUUCGGCGGGCAGUCGCAGCGCUCGGUCCCGCCGCCGCACCUCUACCUCUGGCUGCAGGGCUUCCAGGCGGCGCUGCUCGCCAAGUUCAGCUUCUACUUCCACGAGGCGCUCGGCCGCCAGGGCACGCCGGCGGACAUGCGGGCGCUGACGGCGCGCGCCUCGCCCGACUACCACGGCAAGAUCGCGGCGUUCGUGCGCAAGCACGACGCCAGCAACGUGUCGCUGGUGUUCGACAACCGCGGCUCGGAGAGCUUCCAGGGCCAUGGCUACCACCACCCGCACUCGUACCGCGAGGCGCCCAAGGGCGUGGAGCAGUUCCCCGCCGUGGUGUCGCUGCCGGCGGGCGAGCGGCCGCUCACGCACUGGCCCAACGUCAUCAUGAUGAUGAGCGACCGCGCCGCCGAGCUCAACGCGCUGGACAAGGCGGUGCACUUCUACGACGACAAGGUGCAGAGCACGUACUACCUGACGCGGCCCGAGCCCCACUUCACCCUGGUGGUGAUCUUCGACGGGCGCAAGUCGGAGAAGGAGACGCACAUCGCCGCCUUCCUGCAGGAGAUCGCCGGGUCGCUGCGCAACUCCAAGCCCUUCGCCACGCUGAAGCCCGGCUCCAAGGGUUGAGGCCCGGGUCCAAGGAGUGAGGCCCUGGUCCAAGGGUUGAGGCCCGGGUCCAAGGGUUGAGGCCCGGGUCCAAGGAGUAAGGCCCUGGUCCAAGGGUUGAGGCCCUGGUCCAAGGGUUGAGGCCCGGGUCCAAGGAGUGAGGCCCUGGUCCAAGGGUUGAGGCCCCCCCACCCCUGAGGUGGUGCGGGGUCUGAAUGACUGAAUAGGGGUCAGACUCGGAACAGGCACGUGACAGGACGCCCGUUUUCCCUGAACGAUCGCAAAGUGAGGGACUGAAAUAUGUGUGUGCGCACGUUUACUCGCCAACAAAUCGUUUCUGACAGCUGAUGAAUGACUUGAUCAUAUCUUCCUUGGAUUUUUUUGCCACUAUUCGUUGAGCUGGGAAUAUAUUUUCAGACCAAAGGAACACAAAUUGUUACCACUGCUCCACAACUCUUGUUAGCGAGUGAUGAGAAAUCCCUUCAUUGAAAAAACAGAUAAUUGGUUAGUAAUUGUCUUUUGAUUACGGAGGGUAUUUUAAACCAGAUUUGAUCAUCCUCAUUUAUUUGGAGUUAUAAUUGUGUUAUUAAUUACACUUGCCGCCGUAUACUGAAAUAAAAUGGAUGAAAGCACAAUGUU